CUAAUCAAAAUCAAUUAAAUUUCGUUUUUAUUUUUUAAUUUAUUUAUAUAUUUUAUUCAUUAAGGGUAUAAACGAUAUUAACCGCUCUAACUUUCAACGUGAGAGCUCUGUUGCAAAAAUUUACUUCGCAAAUAAUAGUAUAGAUUUGCUCGUUACAAAGAAAUUCAAUGUAUUAUUAAUUAAUUAAAUCCGGUCUAAACGUAUAUAGGACCCAAUGUGGUCUGACCGUCUAAGAAGCUAAAUGAGAAAACCGAACUGAUACCGAACGUCGUGUCUCGUGUCUAUGAAUCCCUGUCUUUAGCAAAAAACGCAGUACCGAAGAAAAUGAGAUAACCGGUUUUAGUUGGUUAAAGGCCCAUACUAGUGCCAAAUUAUGCGGUUUUACCGACACACUGGGAGCAUACGUAGCAACACGUGUCAAGCUCUGGUGGGCCAAAUCAGUGGUCAAAGCCAGUAUCUAUGAUUUGCUUCCUUCCAUCGUUUUCGGCCGCAACAAGAUCCAUCAACAAAACACUGCCAUACAUGUAACCGCCGCGUGGCACCCCACUCAGAAGAAUCCAACGGCUGUAAAAAGACAGAUUAACCUCUUUAAAAGCACGGUCUCAGCUGCAUAUGAUCUCCAUUACUAGUGUCAGUCGCCGAUUAGCAAAGAGAGUGGCGUUUCAAGUUCCGACGUCUUCUUCUUCUUCUUCAUCAAUGCCGUAAACUCGUAACUCACAAACUUUCAGAGCAGGUUCUAAUCAAGCGCGCGGUUGCUUCCUCAUCAAGUUAGGUUGUGAUCAGAUCGAGUAAAGAUGAAGUUCGGGAAGAUAUUCAAGAAGCAAAUGGUGCCGGAGUGGGUAGAAGCCUACAUGGACUACAACGGCUUGAAGAGGAUUCUCAAACAGAUACGCAGCUACAAGCACAGCAAGCUAACCAGAGUAGCCUCCAGAGUCUCACAACAAGCAGAAGCGUUGCACCGUUCCUUUAGCGGCCUUUCGUACCAUCACAGGAACAGUGAAGGAGGUGACAUUGAGGACCAAGUCAUAACAGUUGACACGGAAGUGCAUCAACAAGAUGAUUCUCAUCGUAAGCUCUACAAGACUAAGUUUCUAAAAAAGUCUGAAGAAGGAAGUGAGUUUGAAGAGUCCUUCUUCAAGAAGCUCGAUGAGAAUCUAAACAAAGUCAACAGAUUUUACCGGGAGAAAGUCGAGGAAGUGCUCGAGGAAGCUGCUUUGCUUGAUAAACAAAUGGAUGCACUCAUUGCAUUGCGUGUCAAGGUGAAGAAGCCUGAUGCUAGUAGUAACACGAAUCUGGAGAAGCAUCCUUCUGAUAAAGUUGUAGUAGAUGAAACAUCAGAUGAUAGCACAAUUAGAACACCAGGUAGUGCAAACAGAGAUAUGGUGCAUGGUAUUGACAGAACUAGUAUUCCAGAAGAAGAGGCUUCGCAUAUAGUGACUGACAUUGUCCCGGUCUCUCGUACUAGUGGGAACGAGGAGGAAGAUGGUAGUGGUGAUAAGCAGGAUCUCCAUGAGAUACUGGAGCGUGUGAAGAUGAAUGAAGCGCUUGAGUCUCCCCUUUCUACAUUAAAAGGCUUUUUUGGAGAUUCUAAAGAACCAGUCUCCAAGAAAGGGUUAAAGAAAGCAGAGGAACAGUUGAGGCUUGUGUUUAGUGAGUUCUAUCAAAAACUCCGCCGUCUCAAGGAGUACAGUUUCAUGAAUCUUCUGGCGUUUUCAAAGAUUAUGAAGAAGUACGAGAAGAUUGCUUCAAGGAAUGCGUCCAGGAACUACAUGAAAACUGUGGAUAAUUCAUUGAUUGGGAGUUCUGAUGAGGUUAACAGGCUCCUGGAGAGAGUAGAGGUAGCUUUCGUUAAGCACUUUUCAAGCGGAAACCGAAGAGAAGGCAUGAAGUGUUUAAGGCCAAAAGUUAAAAGAGAAAGGCACAGGGUUACAUUCUUCUCUGGUUUCUUUUCUGGUUGCUCAAUUGCACUUAUAGUUGCGGUGGUUUUCAAGAUAGAAAGUAGAAAGCUCAUGGAGAAGGACUACGGUACUGCAUACAUGGCGAAUAUUAUCCCUCUUUACAGCUUAUUUGGAUACAUCAUUCUUCAUAUGCUCAUGUACUCGGCAAAUAUAUACUUCUGGAGGCUCUAUAGAGUCAACUAUACCUUCAUCUUUGGUUUUAAGCAGGGAACUGAGUUAGGUUACAGAGAAGUUUUCCUGGUGAGCACCGGUCUUGCGGUGCUUGCUUUCAUCUGCUUCCUGCUAAAUUUGCAGUUUGAUAUGGACUGGAAGAUGAAAGACCAUAACACACUCCCUGAAGUUAUUCCUUUGGGUUUAGUCACUAUUGUUCUUUUCAUACUCUUUUGUCCUCUCAACAUCAUAUACCGCUCAAGUCGGGUGUUCUUCCUUCGAUCACUGCUUCACUGCAUUUGUGCUCCUCUCUACGAGGUUACACUUCCAGAUUUUUUCUUGGCCGACCACCUAACUAGUCAGGUGCAAGCCAUCAGAAGUUUGGAGUUAUUCAUUUGCUACUAUGGUUUAGGAGAAUACAUGCAGAGGCAAGAAAAGUGUCAACGUCAUGGUGUUUACAAUGUCUUCUACUUUGUCGUUGGGGUUAUACCUUACUGGCUCCGCUUCCUCCAGUGCGUACGCAGAUUAUGCGAAGAAAAAGAUUCAAUACACGGAUACAAUGCUCUGAAAUACAUGUUGACAAUCAUUGCGGUCAUCAUAAGAACAGCUUUUGAACUGAAAAAGGGAAGAAACUGGAUGAUUAUGGCUCUUGUAAGUUCAGGUGUUGCGAUAUGUAUGAACACAUUCUGGGACAUUGUUAUAGACUGGGGACUCCUCCGUAGGCAUUCCAAGAACCCUUACCUGAGAGACAAACUUCUUGUCCCUCACAAAAGCGUCUAUUUUGCUGCCAUGGUAGUGGAUGUGAUUCUAAGAGUGGCAUGGAUGCAGCUGGUUCUGGAGUUCAACUUGAAGUCCCUUCACAAAGUCGCUGUUUCAACCAUUAUCUCAUGUUUAGAGAUUGUUCGUAGGGGAAUGUGGAGCUUCUUCAGGUACAUGUACAUGUUCUGUUCAACUUUAAUAUGAAUGUAAUGAGUAAUUUUUCAGGUUGGAGAAUGAGCACUUGAACAAUGUAGGCAAAUACAGAGCAUUCAAGUCAGUUCCACAUCCUUUCCAUUACUAUGACGAUGAUGAAACUGAUGACAAAGAUGACUGAUCAGCUAUCAUAAUAAAACUAUCUGAUUCACUGCCACAUAAUAGUUUUUUUUCCAGUGACUAAUUCAACGUG